AGACGUUUAUUUUGGUUGUUAGAACGGCCACUACAUUAUCUGGAUAAUGUGAUGGAUAAUGUGUCCGUCAUGAUAAAUGGACCCGGAAGAAGAACCUCCACAAACCAGGGGCCAUGUGCAGGAAGGCAGCGUUAUGGUGCGGACGUGAAACACUGAAGGCGCUGACGUUGGACAGGAUAAAUCUUGCUGUUCCCCAAUGCUGACAUGACAUCCCCAGUAUCUCUGAACAAUCUUCAAUUUGAUCUGUAAAGGUCUAUCUACCUACACCCCUCUACACACUACACAACCAACCAGCUCUAACCAAAUCUGCACCUCUGAAAGCCAAGAUGGCUACUAGAUUUAAUGCCCUGAUGGCUGCGGUGGUCACCCUGUUGGGGGCCACCUUGGGAGGCCUGUUACUAUGGCGACAGCCAACCCUGAGGAAGCGGCGUCUAGCUCCGGGUCAGAUAGGGGUCAGCACUGGUCCUGUAUCAGUGGAACAGCUGGGUCCUGUGAAACCAGAGCCUGUGGUUGUGGAGCCAGUGGAGUCCCAGACCCAGCUAGCCCCUGGUCAGAGCCUGGACCUCCUCCUGCCUGUUUCACUGCCCCCUGCUGACCAGCUCUUGGCAAUGCAGUCUGUGAUGGUGAGCUCUGAGGAGGAUUGGGAGCAGCUGUGGCCGUCGCUGCAAGAGGAGCUAUCAGUCUACCCCGUCCUCGGGCUGGACUGCGAAUGGGUGUCAGUGAAUGGUAAGACGUCAGCAGUCUCCCUCCUCCAGAUGACUUCCUACUCUGGCCUGUGUGUGUUGGUGAGGCUACAGCUGCUCCGAGGAAGCCAGCAGGACUUUCCCCUCAGCUUGAAGGAGGUCCUCCGGGACCCCCAUGUCCUGAAGGUGGGUGUGGGCUGUUAUGAGGACGGGAAACGUCUGACCCGAGACUACGGUCUGUCUCUGGGGAGCACCGUGGACCUGAGAUAUCUCGCACUACGACAAAGGAAGGUAGUGCUGAACAACGGUUUGAGUCUCAAGUCUCUGGCUGCUGACUUGCUCAAUGUGUCUCUGGAUAAAUCCUUGGCUCUACGAUGCAGUAACUGGGAGGCUGACCAGCUGACCCCAGAACAGAUAACUUACGCAGCCCGAGAUGCCCAGGUGUCCAUCGCCCUGUUCAUCCACCUGCUGGGCCUCAACUCAGACACCACGCCCUCACCUGACAGUGGGAGUGGCUAUACCCAGCUGGCCAAUCGCUGCCAGGGCCUGGUAGACACACCCUUCAGGGAGAGGGGUGGAGGAGAGGGGGAGGGCGGUGAGAGGAAACCGAAGAGUAAGAAGCGCCAGCAGCCUACUUCGGAAAGCCCCGAGACCGGGGACCAGCAAGUACCAGACCCCAGAAGGAACAACAAGAGGAAACCGCUCGGCGUGGGCUACGCCGCUAGGAAGUCUCCUCUUUAUGACAACUGCUUCCUCUAUGCCCCGGAUGGACAACCCCUCUGUACCUGCGACAAGAAGAAGGCCCAGUGGUACCUGGAUAAAGGAAUCGGAGUGCUGCAGAGUGAGGAGCCAUUCAUUGUGCGUUUGCUGUUUGAGCCUUCUGGACGUCCAGACUCCCAGCAGGACUACUACCUGACUGCCAAGGAGAACCUGUGUGUGGUGUGUGGCAAGAACAACUCUUACAUCAGGAAGAACAUCGUUCCUCAAGAAUACAGACGUCACUUCCCCUCGGAGAUGAAGGACCACAACUCCCAUGACAUCUUGCUGCUGUGCACUUCCUGUCACGCGGCCUCCAACGUGCACGACGGCUUCCUGAAGCAGCAGCUGGCUGAUGAGUAUGGCGCGCCCCAGGGGUGUGAGGAGGGCGUACGUCUCCUGGAGGACUCUGACCGCAGGAAGGUUCGUUCUGCAGCCCGAGCCCUGCUCACCGUGGGGGCGGGGCUUCCAGAGGCCAGGAGAGAUGAGCUGCAGAAGGUCAUAAGGUGCUUCUUCAAUGACACCGACGUGGAGCUGGCUCCUGAGACACUUCAGAGGGCUGCAGGCCUGGAGACCAGGAUCUUCAAUGAGAGCUACGUUCCCCACGGGCUGAAGGUGGUGAAGGCGACCGCCGAGCAGGGCCUGAAGGGGUUAAUGGAGCUGGAGCGUCGCUGGAGGCAACACUUCCUGUCUACCAUGACACCUCGCUACCUUCCUUCUCUCUGGUCUGUCGGCCACAACCACAACAAGUUACUACGCAAGUACGGAGAGGACCUUCCCAUCCAGCUUAACUGACCUACAGUCACCACACCACAGUCUGGUUCCCAUCCAGCUUAACUGACCUACAGUCACCACACCACAGUCUGGUUCCCAUCCAGCUUAACUGACCUACAGUCACCACACCACAGUCUGGUUCCCAUCCAGCUUAACUGACCUACAGUCACCACACCACAGUCUGGUUCCCAUCCAGCUUAACUGACCUACAGUCACCACACCACAGUCUGGUUCCCAUCCAGCUUAACUGACCUACAGUCACCACACCACAGUCUGGUUCCCAUCCAGCUUAACUGACCUACAGUCACCACACCACAGUCUGGUUCCCAGGCUACAUCUGUCUCGGUUUGUCUGGUUCUCAGGCUGGAUCGGUCUGGUUCCCAGGCUACGUCUGUCUCGGUUUGUCUGGUACCAGGCUGAUCUCAUCCAGCCUCUACCUGGGGAUUACACCGUGUCCCAGAGAACAGACUAAUGCCUACAGGUGAAGGGUUGGAUUCUGUGUGUGUUCAGUGCCUGCGAUCCUCCUCACUCUACUGUUGGCUGGAAGAGGACAUCUGUUGCUCUGAUCUGAUUGUGGUGCCUUACAUGUUAAAUGCCAGACAGAGACUGUGCUCGUGGGCCGCCUUACUGACACAUUGGCACCCUGUUAUUUUAUAUAGUACAUGUUGAGAUCUAGAGCCUGAGGAGAGAGACUGCCUUGUUGUUCUGACCGAGGUCAAAUAAUUCUGUGUCAAGAACGCUAACUGGAGACGGUGGUGCAGAAUUCAUGAUGAAAUCCUAUUGGAUAAAAACCU